AUAUUGUAAUUGAAAAUUGGCGGGAGGUUUUGUUGUUGUGUUUGGCUGUUAGUUUGUAGUGUGAAAGAAACGGGAGAAGUGGUCCCUAGAAAUCUGCGGAUGGACCUCGAAGUAUCAAGGGAUUAUUACAUAGUCUAAGACGUCUAAUACUUCGUAUGUAUCGUUAGCCGAGUUAUAUCGUGUUGUGAAACAGUGAAUAUCAUGGCUGAACAUGAAGAAAGUCGAAGUCAUGAUGGUCCAGGUCAUCGUAUCUUUCCAUUUGGCAGAGGUCGGCCAUCUUUUCAUUUCCAUUGGUCCCUUGGACCAUCCCAACUACAUAACAUAACCAAUUCUAGCUCUUGGAGUAUCAGUGAUGAUAUACGCCAUGUUAUUCGAGGUAUAAAUCCAUUAGCAGAAGAACCAGCUUCUUCUGAAAGAGGAAGUGGACCAGGCAUAUCAUCCUGGCUACAAACUACCAUAACUGAACCAAGUCCUGUAUCUACAGCAACUGCUGGUAUUACUUCUACUGCAGAAGGUGCAAGAGACUUUGUGAUAGAUAUGAGUGGUAUGGGUCACAGACAGCGAGAACCACAUCCAAGAAAUAUUUCUGCUAGUGGUGGAGUUGGUACCCCCACGACCUCUACUUCAGAUGAAAACAGAAACAACUCUGGAAAUGGAGGACCUUCUGUUGGCAGACCAGUUGAGGAUGCUUCUGAGCUACUUCGUAAUAAUCCAGAAAUUCGAGCAUUGUUGUCUCUUGCUGAAAAAUAUGUUCCAUUUUUAUUAAUUCUUCUGAUGAAGAUGGUUUUUGAUCAUCGAAUUGGUAUCUUGGUGGUUAUUGGGCUGUUUGUUACAUUCUGCUAUGCAAAUGCUGUAGUCAAAAGAGAAGUUGGAAAACAGAAUAAACGGCAGUUGUUUAAUCUCUUGAUUGUAGUUCUCAACAUAGUAACAUGUACGGCAUUCGUCUAUUUGGUAUUUGAUGACAGUCAUCUGGCAUUUGCGUUGGUGUUUGUUCCACCUUACAGCAGACCUGUCACUGUCUGGGAAGUGCUGUGGUUGGUCACAGUCACAGAUUUUGUGUUGAAGUUAGCCAAUAUUCUGUGUAAGACCCUAGUUCUUGCACUUCCUGCUAAACUGUUGGCUUACCAAAGAAAGGGAAAAUAUUACCUGUUUUUGGAAACAACGUCUCAGCUUUAUCGUAGCUUAGCUCCCAUGCAACACUGGCUCUUUUAUUUUUCUGAAUCAUAUCAUGGGUCCAGUAAAAUAUUUGGUGUGAUCUUAUCAGCUGCAUAUCUGGUGUCGAAGUGUAAGGACAUAUUGAGCAAAGUGAGAGCAUGGAAGAAAGCAGUAGGGCAGCUUCUUCAGAAGGUGUGUUAUGGCAUUACACCUUCUUCAGACCAGAUGAAAUGUGCAGGAGAGUCAUGUGCAAUAUGUCAAGAUGACUACAAGACGCCAACUAUGUUGGAGUGCAAGAAUUAUGAAUUAUUUUUGCAGCAUAUAUUCUGUGAAGAGUGUGUAUCACUAUGGUUUGAUCGAGAAAGGACCUGUCCAAUGUGCCGAGCUCAGAUUGCAGAUGACCCUACGUGGCGGGAUGGAUCCACAACUUUUCUUAUUCAGCUGUUCUAAAGAGUUCUUAUAUUAUUAUUAAGAAGAUUAAGUAGAUAUUCUUUCAUGCGUGUCAUUAAUCAGAUACUUAAGUUCUACAAGAUGUUAUCAAAAAACUGUGAAGGUGUAAACUUCAGCUUGAUUAUUGUACAGAUUUUUGCAAAUGAUAAAAGUAUUUAGAACAUUUG